CCUGCCUCCCUUCCAAAGAGCGCCAGGGCUGUGGCACAGAGGUUGUGGGAAUGGCUAUACGAGUGUACAGCUCGACUCUUGCUCAACUCAAACUGCAAGCAGGUGCAAAGACCGGAUACUGAGGAAGAAGAAGAAGCCGAGAGGCUUCUUGCUCUCAAGAUUAGCUCCAGCGGGCUCAGGAUGGAAGAUUUCGGUUGAAUAUCAAGGGGCGGAGGGUGUUUUCUUGGUGGCGGCGUACAUUUAAAAUGUUAUGAUGCCGUGUUCCCGUCCGUCCGUCCCCCAAGUAUCCUGGGAGUUGUAGUUUCUUAAGGGUGCUGUGGACAGUUGUUAGGAGACACGCACAGGGCCGGAUUGAGGUCUGAUGAGGCCCUCAGCUACUGAAUGUAACAGGGCCCUUUAUAUGUCCAGCUGUCCUUUGUCAACCACAAAUUGCCGCUGUUUUUUGGGGUGAAUAUAUGCUAUGUGCGGGGCCCAUAACUUACAUCAUGGGAGCCUACACAACACAAAACACUGUAUGUUGGUUUUAUUUUAUUUUAUUUGCUUUUUAUCUUAUACAGUGGUACCUCGGGUUAAGUACUUACCAUAUUUUUUGCUCUAUAAGACUCAUUUUCCCCCUCCUAAAAAGUAAGGGGAAAUGUGUGUGCGUCUUAUGGAGCGAAUGCAGGCUGCGCAGCUAUCCCAGAAGCUAGAACAGCAAGAGGGAUUGCUGCUUUCACUGCGCAGCGAUCCCUCUUGCUGUUCUGGCUUCUGAGAUUCAGAAUAUUUUUUUCUUGUGUUCCUCCUCCAAAAAUUAGCUGCGUCUUCUGGUCUGGUGCGUCUUAUAGAGCGAAAAUACGGUAAUUGCUCCAGAGAUCCGUACUUAACCCGAUGUUCUUAACCUGAAGCACCACUUUAGCUAAUGGGGCCUCCUGCUGCUGCUGCGCCGCCAGAGCACAAUUUCUGUUCUCAUCCUGAAGCAAAGUUCUUAACCUGAAGCACUAUUUCUGGGUUAGCGGAGUCUGUAACCUGAAGCGUAUGUAACCCGAGGUACCACUGUAUUUUGGAAACAUCCAGGUUUUUUCCUUUAAAUUUUUUUUGGGGCCCCCAAGAGAGUGGGGCCCUAAGCUAUAGCUUGUUUAGCUUAUACGGAAAUCAGGCACUGGGGACACACACCCUAUUCCCCUCCUGGAAUAUGUUUAGGGGUACUCUCAUUUUCCUACUCACAUUGAAAUACUGCUCCUCAAGGAGGCCAAACUUGGAUUCACAAAAUGUUUAGGGGUAUGUGUACCCCUGCUUCUCCCCAGAAAAAAAGCACUGCCCCUAUGAUUGCAUCCCUUAAUUGUCAGUCUCUCACUAGAAGUAAAUAAUUUAAAGUAACUUCAAUGGGUGGGAUGUCUGUUUCAGUCCUGCCUUUUUAAAAAAUGUGAGUAAGUUUGACAUCUUUCUCUGUUUUUUAAUGCUGGUUUUAAUGUAUGUGCUUUUUAUUGCUGUAAGUUAAUUUUAAUAAUAAUUAUAAUAUUUUUGAUGUGGAUAUGCUGACUCUUUCCCUCUCCCUCUUCCAAAACCUACAGAGCAGUGUGGAUGUCAUGGCCCAGGUUAUGCAACCCCCCUGGAUGCUAUGAGAGGUAAGUCUCAAACUGAUUCCACCACCGGCCAGAAAAAAUUGAGACCUUAUUUCAAGCCACACGACAAUCAGGUUUAGCAGUGCUCCCAAAUCAAGAUUGCUCAGGAGGAAGAUUAAGGGAUUAGGCACAAGCACAGAGGAGGUGUGGUUUAUCAGUGGCUAAUAAUUAUGGCAAAACUUCCAGGUAAAGGAGCAGGAUACAUUGAAAGACCAGUUGUUGAGGGUGUAAAGAGGCUGUGCUGUUCCGCUUGUGCCCUUCUUGUGGUCUUCCCAGGGACAUCCAGUUAGCUGCAGUGGGAGGAAAGGUGUGGGGACUGCUCUGUUCCAGCAGGGUCAGUUUUUUAUUUUAUUAUAAGAAAAUUUACAAACCAUCACUAGCUAUAGCUAUAUAAUAGUGGUGUACAAUAAAGCAGGUGGCGCUGUGGGUUAAACCACAGAGCCUAGGACUUGCUGGAUCAGAAGGUUGGCGGUUCGAAUCCCGUGAUGGGGUGAGCUCCCGCUGCUCAGUCCCUGCUCCUGCCAACCUAGCAGUUUGAAAGCACAUCAAAGUGCAAGUAGAUAAAUAGGUACCGCUCAGGCGGGAAGGUAAAUGGCGUUCGCUCUGGUUCGCCACAUGCUGGCCACAUGACCCGGAAGCUGGACGCCGGCUCCCUCGGCCAGUAAAGCGAGAUGAGCGCCACAACCCCAGAGUCGGCCACGACUGGACCUAACGGUCAGGGAUCCCUUUACCUUUACAAUAAAAGCAUCAAAGCUUCAGUAAAACUAUAAAAUGCAGAAGGAUCUCAUUCGUUCUCAGAAAAUGCUUGGCAAAACAGGAACAUUUUCAGCAGGUGACGAAAUGUCAGGAUUGUUGCCGCCUGUCUGAUUUCAGUAGGAACAACAUUCCAAAUUGUGGGGGCCACCACACUAGAAGCCUUGGCUUGUGAAGAAACUUAUGCCACAUUUGCACUGUUUAUUUAAAGUGCUGUGAUACCGCUUUAGGCAGUCAUGGUUUCCUGAAGAAUCUUCAGAGCUGUACUUUGUUAAGAGUGCUGAGAGAUGUUGAGAGGCCCCUGUUGCAGAGGUACAAUUCUUAGAGUGGUUUAACAAUCUGUGAAUUGUAGCUCUGGGUGGGGCCUCUUAACAUCUUUUCCAAGAUCUCACACCUGCCCUGUGGAACUCCUCCCGUCAGAUAUCAAAGAGAUAAGUAAUGAUAUACAGUAAUCUUCCAUAGACAUCUGAAGACAGCCUUGUUGCGGUUUUUUGUGCUGAAUAUAUGCUAUAUGGUAAUUUAUGGGCCUAAUAGGUAUCUAAACCAUUUGCACAUAACAAAAUAUGUAUUUUAUCAAAGUAAUUGUUGAACUGAAAUACAAUUACGCAGAAGUAUAUUAAUAGUGAAAAAAAUUUGGGGCCCCCAAAAGAGUGGGGCCCUAAGCUAUAGCUUGUUUAGCUUAUAUAUACUGUAUUUUUUGCUCUAUAAGACUCACUUUUUCCCUCCUAAAAGUAAGGUGAAAUGUUUGUGCGCCUUAUGGAGCGAAUGCAGGCUGCGCAAGCUAUCCCAGAAGCCAGAACAGCAAGAGGGAUCGCUGCUUUCGCUGCGCAGCGAUCCUUCUUGCUGUUCUGGCUUCUGAGAUUCAGAAUAUUUUUUUUCUUGUUUUACUCCUCCAAAAACUAGGUGCGUCUUGUGGUCUGGUGCGUCUUAUAGAGCGAAAAAUACGGUAAAUCCCGCACUGAUCUGAAGGCAGCCCUGUAUCGGGAUGCUUUUAAUAUGUGCUGUUGUGUUGUGUUGUUGUGUUUCUGCAAUAUUAUGUUGGAAGCCACCCAGAGUGGCUAGGGCAAUCCAGUCAGAUGGGUGGGGUACAAAAACAACUUGUUUUUGCUAUCAUAACAAUGAUGAUGAUGAUGAUCCAUACUGAGCUACAACUCCCAGAAUUCUUUGGGGGAGGGAAGCCAUGACUGGUUCAAGUGCUAUCAUAACACUUAAAAAUGUGGCGCAAAUGUGGCAUAAAUAAAUACAUGAAUACUGUCGGACAGUCAGGAGGGCGUCUUCAGAUGAUCACAAUGAUCUGGCUGGUGUAUAAAGAAUGAAAAAUAUCUCUUCAGGGAACCUGGUCCAUUUUGGGAUUUCUACACUAACUAACAGGGAUGUGGGUGGCGCUGUGGGUUAAACCACAGAGCCUAGGACUUGCCGAUCAGAAGGUCGGCAGUUUGUAUCCCCGCAAUGGGGUGAGCUCUCGUUGCUCAGUCCCAGCUCCUGCCAACCUAGCAGUUCGAAGUGCAAGUAGAUAAAUAGGUACUGCUCCAGCGGGAAGGUAAACGGCGUUUCCGUGCACUGCUCUGGUUUGCCAAAAGCGGCUUAGUCCUGCUGGCCACAUGACCCGGAAGCUGUACGCCGGCUCCCUCGGCCAAUAAAGCGAGAUGAGCACCGCAACUCCAGAGUCGGCCAUCACUGGACCUAAUGGUCAGGGGUCCCUUUACCUUUUUACACUAACAAAACUUAGCUCGGUAAUAUACUAGUAGCCACUGCAAAGCUUUCAGUUUUGGAAUAAUACACUCACUGUGUGCUGGUACGCCCGGCACUUUUAUCAAGAUAUGAGUGCCGGCACCUCAUUUUUUUCACACACAAAAAAAGUACUGAAUGCGCCGGUGCAGAACUGUUCCAGCCAAAAGUCAAGACAUUCUGCAUUAGCUGCAGUUUCCAAAUCAACGUCAAGGGUGGCCCCACGUGGAGCGCAUCGCGGUAGUCCAACCCAGUAGUUACCUAGGCCCGCAUCAUUAUGGCCAGGUUAUAUGAAUGCCGCUUCAUUGUCUGCAUUCAAAUACCCUUUCUGAAAUGUGUAAGAAACUGCACCCAGAGCGCUGGAUUGACAUCAAAGAGGCCUGAAUUAAAUUCCCCACUAAACACACAUUAAACCACGCAUCACCUGCCUUGAUAAAGCAGUAGCAGGGACAUUUACGCUGCCCUGAGGUCCUCGGAUGAAGGGUGAAAUAAGAAUUAAUAACCACACUCAAAGUCUUUCGAGUCUUCUAUAUUAACCUUCCACGCCUCUUAACAGCACCGCAUAUUACACUCAGCACAAUAAAGAAAAGUUGUCCAAGCUGGCAGGUAACAAAUUACUUUCAAUUCAUCAAAGCUUAUUAAAAUUUCCCUGGGCGCCUGAAUUCAGAAAAUGCAGAGUCACUGGGAAUUGUGAAUCAGAGGAUGCUUCUAGGCGGCCUGUUGACUGAGCCUUCGUCUUAGGCUGUGGUGCGCACAAUACUUUUAAAGCUCCUCCAUAGCCCCUUCUCGCCCCUCAAGGAAUUCUGGGCCCUGUAGUUCGUUGCUGGGAAUUAUAACUCUUGUGUGAGGUAAACUGCAGUUGAGGGAAAGAAUGUGUUUUGAAUGUGCAACAGAGGUAAAGCUUUGGUUUCCUCCUUGCAGGGAGACCUUAGACGACGGCGGCUAUUUAAAGAGGCUUCACUCUGAUUUCACUUCCAGUUUCCAGGCACUUCUUUGUCCCAUAAAGUCUAAUAUUUUGUGGAUGCAAGACCUUCCAACCAUCUUUUAAUUGUGCCACUUGCAUUUGAGUUGGAGCCCAGUGACAUCUGGAGGUCCACAAGUUCCACCUCCUGUCCCUAAAACAACUAAGCAGCUCUUUUAAUCUUCCACUGAAAUAUUAAGAACAUAAGGAGAGUCUGUGGAAUCUGGCCAGUUGCGUAUCCUGUUCUCAUAGCGGCCGACCAGAUCCCUCAAGCAGGAUUUUCAGUUUUAGGCUUUGGUGUAAACAUUCCAGCUUCCGUGUAUUGGAUCAUGGCACACUAACAGAGGAUUGGACAAACUUGUGGAGGAUAAGGCUAUCCAUGGCUGUUAGUCAGGAUGGCGAUGUCAUACUCACCAAAUGUGCUGGGAAAAACGGGACAUCCCAUUUUCUCACAUGAGAUUGCGGCGGCCAUUUGGGUGCCACAAUCUUGUCCGGGGAAAAGCCGCUUCAGGUUGCGAUUUUUCAGGUUACAGACCGCCGAAACCCGGAAGUACCGGAAUGGGUUACUUCCGGGUUUCGGCGGUUGCGCAUGCGCAGAAGUGCUAAAUUGCUCUUUGCGCAUGUGCAGAAGCGGUGAAUUGCGACCCGUGCAUGCGCAGGCGUGGGUUGCGAACGUGCAUCCCACACGGAUCACAUUCGCAACCCGAGCGUCCACUGUAACCUUAAAGAAAUCACAUUCGGUAUGUAAUAUUGGGACAGAUUGUUGCCUGUCCUACAGGGAUCGUUGCGAUAAGGUGAUAUCGAAAGACUGUUAGGAUGGUAUUAGAUACAGGUAAGCUUUGCCAAAAGAUUUCCCUAAGCUUGGGCUGAGUAGCUCAGAGCUCGUCCCUUUCCUCACCCAAGACAGAUCCCUAAAUAUGGACUUUCCCCCCCUGAAGGUCCACGAGAGAAGCUGAUCUACGUCCCCUGCAUCUUAACUGGGACUGGAACACAGCAGCCUGAUUACCUUGCUACGGUGGAUGUGGAUCCGGAAUCUCCCUGCUAUUGCCAGGUAUCACAUUAGAUCCGCCUUCUCUCGCCUGGUGCCCCUUCUGGCUGCUUCGGACUACAACUCCCAUCGGCCCUAGCUAGCGCAGGUGGGGCUGAUGGGAGCUGUAGUCCGAAGCAGCUGGAGAAGGCGUCCGACUUGGGAAAGCUGGCUUUAGGAAUCUUUACCACACAGCCGAAAGCCUGUCUUUGGGGACUGUAGCCUCACGAAAGAUUCACCUCCAAGAGUGGUUGAGAAAGAUCCACACUUCUCAGGUUGGAAAGUAGCAUGUAGGAAAGAAAUUGUUUAGCAGCCAAACUAUCUCUGGCAUGGAAGACAGCCAGCAUUCGAAUUCAGAACCCACGGUCCAAAGUGGGUCGGGAAAGGCAUUGAGACUCAAUUCCGUUCCAUGUAAACGCGGAUUCUGACUCCUUUUGUGUAUUGCCAGCAGCAAUUAAUUAAUUACGCUUUCUGCCACCAGCUGAUUUAUAGCCUGGGAAUCUUAGCGAGGUGACAGGUAACCUCGAUUAGAAUCGUCCGGAAAGACAACCCCCGGGGGGGAAGAUGGAAGAAAGCUCAAACCUAAGGGGUGGAAGGAGACUUCAGAAGGCGUCGUGGAAUGCCUUCGAGAACUGAUGGGAACCUCAAAGAUGGUCAGAGUUUCUAGGGAAGCAUCUCUGCCUUAGAAGUCCUCUUACGGGUUCAUUAUUCGACACUCCUCAUUCCCCGAAACCAAAGGACUCUGCAGAAACUGGCUGCCAAAAAGUUGAGAGGCGGAAUCAGCAAAAGGCAGGUCUUCUUUGCACGGCGGAGAUUCUGUCCUUAAUCUUCUAGCAUUCAGCUUUGUUGGAUGAGUUCAAUGCCCAUUAAAUUCUAGGGUUAUGAGAGAAGGAGGAAAAAAAAUUCUCCACCCACUUUCACCAUUCCAUACUUAAUUUUAUAUGCAUCUAUCAUGUCCCUUGGGACACGGGCGGCGCUGUGGGUUAAACCACAGAGCCUAGGGCUUGCCGAUCAGAAGGUCGGCGGCGGUUCAAAUCCCCGUGAUGGGGUGAGCUCCCGUUGCUCGGUCCCUGCUCCUGCCAACCUAGCAGUUUGAAAGCACAUCAAAGUGCAAGUAGAUAAAUAGGUACAGCUCCAGCGGGAAGGUAAACGGCGUUUCCGUGCGCUGCUCUGGUUUGCCAGAAGUGGCUUAGUCAUGCUGGCCACAUGACCCGGAAGCUGUACACCGGCUCCCUUGGCCAAUAAAGCGAGAUGAGCGCUGCAACCCCAGAGUCGGCCACGAUUGGGCCUAAUGGUCAGGGGUCCCUUUACCUUUACCUUUAUCAUGUCCCUUCUGUCUUGUGGGAAGGAGUUCCGGAGUUUAACUAUGCACUGUCUGAAAAGGAGCUUUAUAUUGCCUCUACUGAUCCCAACCUAAUCUAGCAGGGCUCUCCUUACCUCCUUGGUUUGUUCGCUUUUUGAACAGCCAUACCGAAACCUGGCUAGCUCCGUCUGUUAAAGCAUGGUUCUGAUAAUGCCAAAUUUGCAGGUCCAAUCCCCGUAUGGGACGGCUGCAUAUUCCUGCAUUGCAGGGUCCCUUUGUACGUGCCCUGCGUUAUUUCCACCCCCUCUCCCAGUUAAGAAAUAUCGGGAAGGCCUUUGCUGACAAUCUCCAAGAUACUUUUUGCUGGAAAGGCGAAGACGAAGCAACUUAAUAAGACCUGAGAACAAUUAACAUUCAUCAAAUUAAUAGAACAGUUUCUUCCAGAUCGGGCAGAGCUGUGCACCUGCAGUUCAUUUGCGUGAACUGCACCCCAGGGGCAAAAUCGACCUUUUUUUCAUAUUGCUGGAAUCACCACUUGAAGUGCUAAGUGAUAACUUGUUCAGGUUCCUCAAAUAAACACUCCCUUCAAUGAAAGCACAUGACGCUGGCAUCACUUGUCUGGGAAAUGUCACUAGCCCCGCAGCAACUAAUUUGGGCCCAUUAAUUCCAUCGUAUACAAGCCCAUAUUUGCUAAUGUGCAUCUUCGCAUUAUUCAUUGUGUAAGCACCUCGUGUAUAUUUUCUCUUUCAGUAUUCAUAGCCUAGUUGAAGCUCUCGUAAAAGAAAAAGGAAAACGUUUCCUGAAAUAUACUCGGAGUCGAGUGUGGAUUUCAUGCUCUUUAUUCAGCUCAUAGUAGUGAGGAGGAAUGGAAGUUCCCCCAGAAUGUCUGCUUUAUAUACAUUAUUUACACAAUGGGCCCCACGUGAUUGGCUGAUUCUGGGAUUCUCCUGUAGGCCAAUCAGGUUGCAGAUUCACUUCCACCUGGUGUUGGAUUGGGUGGCUCCUGCGGACCAAUCAGACUGCUGCAUUCUGGAUCCUAUUGUUCUAGGACCAAUCAGACUGCUGCAUUCUGGAUUCUAUUGUUCUAGGACCAAUCAGACUGCUGUAUUUUGGAUCCUAUUCAACUCAGUACAUAACAUUUCUGUUUUUUAAAAUAAAAAGAAUAGAGUUGCCCAUGUCAAAAUACGCCCUUCGUCAGGAGAGGCAGGGGCCGGCCCGAUUGUUAGGCAAAGUGAGCAAGCUGCCUCAGGCGGCAGCGAGGGCACAGCUAUGCAAUGAGCAAAGGAUGGAAGACAAAAAUGAAUUCAGUUCACAUUUCAAGGGAAACCUAUUCAGUUUGCACUUUUGGAAAUGAGACGCACAUGGAAGCGCUUUGGGCAGAGGGGUGGACAUCUGCCCCCCCCCCACCUCGCCCAGAAGUCUUACCUUACUCUCCCGUCUUCCCAAUAGGUGAUCCAUCGCCUUCCCAUGCUGUAUAUUGACGAUGAGCUUCAUCACACGGGGUGGAACGCCUGCAGCAGCUGCUUCGGAGACACCAGCAAGAAGCGUAACCGUCUGGUCCUGCCCAGCCUGGGGUCUUCCCGCAUUUACAUAGUGGAUACGGGGACGGACCUGCGAGCCCCCAGGAUGUUCAAAGUACGUCUUCCUUCCCUCAAAGGAGCAGGACUAGGAUAGGCUUUGGUAGAGUGGGGGGAGGGUGGAUGUAGCGGAAGGGUCCUGAAGUUACCAUUCAUUUAUUUCAUAAUAUCUAGGUGCAUCUUGAUUGUAAAAAGAAUUUUAAAAAACCCACCUCCCAACUUGUUUCCUAAAAAGAAAAGGAAAAAAACACCGAUGAAAAACAGUUAAAAACAAAUAUUUAAAACAGUGGUUCUCAAACUUUUCUCUCUAGGCCACACUUUCAGAAAUUCGCUGGCAGCACAACAAAUUUUUUAUUGAUAAGGAAUACAUUGGAAAAUGAAAAGAAACAACUCUUGGCCAUGCUUGAUUUAUAACGCAGAAGAACAAAACUGCUGUGUGUGUACAUGGAACUUCGAGAAAGUAUAAAACAGCACAGCAGUCACCUAAGAACAUUUGAAUCAUUCCCAAAAUGUAACACUGAUUGCCCUUGAAUAUUCCUGCCACACCUACCAUCCUCUCCUGCCGCACCAGCGUGGCAUGCCCUUCGAGAACCACUGAUUUAAAACAUUUUCUUCUUAAAAAUUACAUUCAAUGCUAAGCUUAAAACCAAGUGAAGACACAGGUCAACAUCCUGUGUAUCUGGGGGGGGGGGAUGUUCUUAGCAGGCGUCAAAGAGGGCAGCGAAAGCCCCUCUCUGACAUCCACAUAAACCGGGACCACAUAACACCAGUCCUGAGAGAUCUGCAUUGGCUCCCAGUACGUUUCCGAGCACAAUUCAAAGUGUUGGUGCUGACCUUGAAAGCCCUAAACGGCCUCAAAGGUCCAGUAUACCUGAAGGAGCGUCUCCACCCCCAUCGUUCUGCCCAGACACUGAGAUCCAGCACCGAGGGCCUUCUGGCGGUUCCCUCAUUGCGAGAAGUGAGGUUACAGGGAACCAGACAGAGGGCCUUCUCGGUGGUGGCGCCCACCCUGUGGAACACCCUUCAGAUGUGAAGGAAAUAAGUAGCUAUCCUAUCUUUAAAAGACAUCUGAAGGCAGCCCUGUUUAGGGAAGUUUUUAAUAUUUAAUGCUGUAUUGUUUUUAACACUUGAUUGGAAGCCGCCCAGAGUGGCUGGGGAAACGCAGCCAGAUGGGCAGGGUAAAAAUAAUAAAUUAUUAUUAUUAUUAUUAUUAUUAUUAUUAUUAUCCGUAGGGAGUUCCAAAGUGUGGGUGCUGCCAUAUUAAUGGCAUUCGCGAUAUGUGUUGAAAUGUCCUGAGGAUGGCAGUGGCAGGUUUAGAACAUAGGGAUGGUGAAUGCUGGGGUGGAAGCCAGAUGUGGCCCUCCAGACCUCUCUGUCUGGCCUUCGGGACUCUCUCCAGGCGACGCCCCUCCUAAGCCACGCCCCUUCUUCUCAGGCCACACUUCUAACUCGCUCACCUUUGCGUCCUCCUUGAGUUUUUGCCUGGCUGGGAUGGAUCCCUGGACUCUGAUGAGGCGUCGAAUCACAGAAUCUUAGAACUGUCGGGAGGGACCCUGAGGGUCAUCUAGCCUGACCCCCUGAAAUGCAGAAAUAUUUCGCCUCAACGUGGGAUUCAAACCCAUGACCCUGAAAUUAAAAGUCUCGCCAGCUGAGCUCCUUGCUUGCCUGGAUGGAGAAUGGCAAAGUAUCAGACUUUUUCCGGGCAACCCUCCCGUGGGCAGCGUGCCAGCGGUGGGCGGGGGUCAGAGGCAAAAGUGGGAGGAGCAACAGAUGCAAAUUAUACCUAUGUAAAGUAGGUUGAUUCCUGCACACGCCCCUCUGUCCUCCAUUCAGGCUUGGUCAGGGUUCAAGCACACAUUGCAGUCAGGUGAAAGCAUUCAAGAAGGAUGUGGGGCAGGGUCAGUAGGGGUUCUGGCCUGGGGAGACUUUCGAGGGCCAAUUUGUGGGGAUGUUCAGGGAGACAGGAGAGGAUAUAUUGUUUAUUAAUAUCCUUCCUAGCUAGCAAGUUCUAUAACUUAGCAGAGGUUUACAUUCCCCUUUUAAACGCAGAGCAGAUAGCUGGUUGCAGGCUUGUUUAAGCCUCUCAGUAUUAGGUUCCGGGUAAGUUCCCUUAUAUCCCCUUUCCCUCCCCCAUUCCUUUUUAUGAAGAUUGCCCGCUCUGGGAUCCCACAGCUAACUCUCCCCUGACCUCCUUGCUGGCCCAAAUAGAACUAAUUUAGCCAGCUAGUCCUGGUGAUCAUCUAAUGUUUAUCAGAUGGAUUUCCCCCCCUAAAUUGAUUUUUGAAUUCUGAAUUUAUUGUUAUUUACGUUUUGUACGGUAUUUUAUGCUGUUUUUUGUUGCAUCAAUUAAGUGUUUUAAAUUUGUUGUUAGCCGCCCUGAGCCUGGUUUUCUGAACCGGGAAGGGCGGGGUAUAAAUAAAAAAAUAUUUAUUUAUUUAAAAGAAUAAACACGCCACAAUCUUGUGUAAAGUAUAAGAAGUUUACUCACAUCACCAGUUCACAGUUGGAUCCCUGAAGGCAGACUUAGUUACAAAUAUGUACAUAUGGAUCUACACCAUAUAGGGGGUUAAUCACUGCAGUUCACACGACAAAAGGAAGAUGGAGAAGAAGGGAGGGGGGCUGCGUGCCCAUGUGCUUUUGUUACCUGCACAGGUAAGGUCAUGCCCACCUCUGGUCACAUGCAAGAGGAAGGAUGCUCCAGCUCAGGAGGAAACAGGAAGUUUUCGACCGGCUGGAACAAGCAUCCCCUUUGCAUGUCCACUCUAGGAAAACAAGGAAUGUUGUACAGUGGUGCUUCGCAAGACGAAAUUAAUUCGUUCUGCGAGUUUUUCAGUCUUGCGAAUUUUUGUCUUGCGAAGCACGGUUUCCCAAAGUCUUCAAAAUCACCAAAGUCUUCAAAAACCUCAAAAAAGGCUACCACACCGCGUGCUAUGAGUUGCUCCUCAAAGUCACCCUGGGUAUUAACGGUUUUAAGAAAAAGGAAACAAACGUGCAAGACAUUUUCGUUUUUCGUCUUGCGAAGCAAGCCCAUAGGGAAAUUCGUCUUGCGAAGCAACUCAAAAAACGAAAAACUCUUUCGUCUUGCGAGUUUUUCGUCUUGCGAGGCAUUUGUCUUGCGAGGUACCGCUGUACUUGACUGCUACUUAUGUAUCACAUCCCACAGAAAAAGAGGGCCACAUUAUUCUCCUGAGGUUCCCACCCCUGAACAAUCCAGUCAUUACGCCCCACGUCAAAGAGUCUAACCAAUGAAUAAAAUGGAAAUGAGGACUUAAGACAGGACCGCUUUUAAUGAGUCCAAACGAGGGGAACAAGAAACCACCCUUGUGAUUUGGUUGCUGAUGAGAAGAGGAGUAGAAAUUAGGGAAGGCGUAUAGGUAAUAUAUUGCUGACCCAGAAAAACACCUUUGGCUCACUCCAUUAUUGGCUGGAGUAAAAAAAGUUUGUUGCGUUGCAGAAGCUGAGAAUAGGCUUCGUCGGAGAAGAAUGAUUCAUAAGUCAUACAAAAGCAAUUACGCCCGGAAACUGUAAUUAGAGUAGAUGAUAUUGAGCCACGAUCAGCAGAGGCGGGUCUCCUCCCAUCAAAAGUGUUGGCUUUGGCGGGGGAUGUUUAAAAUGUUUUCAGAGGAUGCAGUCAAGAUCGUGAGAGCAGAAAUAGAUUGGGCAUUAUAGGUAAACAUGCCCAGGAAGGGGUAAAUUGAUAUGGUUUUGCUGGUGAAAUAGACCAGGAAAACAGAACAGACAUAAAGCCGAUGAACGUGUCAAAAAAGAACAGAUUUGAGUUCCUCCACCUCUUAACUAUGACUUAAAAUUCAAAUGAAUGUAUUAGAAACAAGACUUUAUAUUGCAGUUUUUAUACAUAUACAUGUUGUUGUUUAGUCGUUUAGUCAUGUCCGACUCUUUGUGACCCCCUGGACCAGAGCACGCCAGGCACCCCUGUCUUCCACUGCCUCCCGCAGUUUGGUUAAACUCAUGUUAGUAGCUUCGAGAACACUGUCCCACCAUCUCGUCCUCCGUCGUCCCCUUCUCCUUCUGCCCUUCAUCUGUCCCAACAUCAGGGUCUUUUCCAGGGAGUCUUCUCUUCUCCUGAGGUGGCCAAAGUCUUGGAGCCUCAGCUUCAGGAUCUGUCCUUCCAGUGAGCACUCAGGGCUGGUUUCCUUCAGAAUGGAGAGGUUUGAUCUUCUUGCAGUCCAUGGGACUCUCAAGAGUCUCCUCCAGUACUAUAAUUCUUGCUUAAUUACUUGCUUUAGAUAUAUGGUGAGUUUCUCUGUCAUUUCAAUUCUUGAGGUUGCGUGCUUGACCUGUUCAGAGUAGACCAAUUGAAAUUGCAAGACACUUAAUUUAAGUACAUUAAUUUCUGAUUAGAAUUUAGAGACAGACUUUGUACUCAAUUUACUUCCCAUUUGCAUACAUACAUACAUACAUAUACACAUACACAUAUGUAUGUGUAUAUGUAUGUAUGUAUGCAAAUAGGAAGUAUAUUGAGUACAAAGUCUGUCUCUAAAUUCUAAUCUACAAAAUUAAUGUACUUAAAUUAGCUGUCUUGCAAUUUCAGUUGGUCUACUCUGAACAGGUCAAGCACGCAACCUCAAGAAUUGAAAUAACAGAGAAACUCACCAUAUAUCUAAAGCAAGUGACUUCCUUUAAGAAUCCUGGGAACUGUUGAUUACCCCUCAUGAUGCUACAAUUCCCAGCAUCCAUAACAAACUACGGCCCCCAGGGUUCUUUGGGAGAAGUCAUGUGAUAUAAGUGUGUGGUGUCCACACAACUAAAGUAGCGAAAGAAGAAAGAUCUAGAAGAGAAAUGAGACAGGUUUUAUAAGGAGCAAAGAACCAUCAACAGGAGAAUAAGUUCCUCUGAGAAAAAACGUAUCUUUAUAGAACAUGGAUCAAUUAAGAACUGGUGAGUUCAGCAAAACUCACAUGAUCCACUGAGGAAGAUCAUUUUAAUCACAUUACAGCCCUCACUGGUGACGGCCUUUGGAGUUUGAUCUGUGGGUGUGCUGAAUCCUGGAUUUUAAGAAAAAAGUGCUUUUGUGUAAAGAACAGGAAGAAUAAUCACACCAGAAACUUAAUUCUCUCCCUGACUCUCCUCGCAGGUUAUUGAGCCCAGGGAAGUCUUUGAGAAGUGCAACUUGACUUUCCCACACACCUCCCACUGCCUGGGCAGCGGAGAGGUGAUGAUCAGCGCUUUGGCCGACACGCUUGGCAACGGGAAAGGUAUGGCCAGCUGUGUUUGUGUGUCACUUGGGACUUAAAGGGCGUGGGAGGCAGAGACCCAUGGUGCAAAAUGUAUAUGCAGUUGGCAUAUGCUACUAUAGUCGUACCUUGGCUGUCGAAGUUAAUCCGUUCUGGAAGUCCCUUCGACCCAAAACCGUUUGAAAACCAAGACACAGCUUUCCGAUUGGCUGCAGAAGCUUCUUGCACUCAAAGCCGCUUCGGACGUUCAGUUUCCACAAAACGUUCGCAAACCGAAACACUCACUUCCAGGUUUGCGGCAUUCAGGAGCCAAAACGUCCAGGUAUCAAGGUGUUUGAGAACCAAGGUACGCCUGUAUAUGUUUAUAGAUGCCUUUGGGCAAAUAUUUAGAUUGUGAGUGGCUGGGGCCUCCCCAGCACUGCAUUCUGCACCCAGAGACCCUGUAAGAAUAGUAUAGAAACAUGAGGAUAGCCCUGCCGCUGGAUCAGGCCAAAGCAGGGCUCAUCCAGUCUAGCAUUCUCUUCUCACAGUGGCCAGGGCUGGAUUAACCAUUCAACGAAAUAAGGGCAUCGAGGGGAGAGGAGAACCACAGAAAUUUUCCAUUACCGGAUUGACUAUGGACCGUAUUGUGAAUCAGGUUCCACAAAAAAACCUCCCACAAUCAGAGAAAAAAUUACAUACACACACACAUAUAAUAUUAAUUUUUUAUUUUAUGGUUUAUAUUUUGAAUUAGAGAUAUAUAUGGAGGCACCAAAGUCUUUAAGUGUUUGGGGCCUCUAACAGUCUUAAUGCAGCCCUCCCAGAGAUACCCCAGUGGAAAACCCAAAAGCAGGAGCUGAGCACGAGAACCCUCUCUCCACCUGUGAUUCCCAGCACUGGAUCCGAUGGGAUCCCUUUGGCUUGACCCAGCAGGUCUUUCCUGAUGUUAACUCCCAUCGCCCCCCAGCCACCAUUGCCAAUGAUCAGGAAGGAUGAUGGGAAUUGAAAUCUAGCCAUAUCUGGAGGGCCACAGACUCCCCAGUGUGGGAUACCCACAGUACAUCCUGGAUUAGAGUGGUACCUCCGGUUAAGAACUUAAUUCGUUCCGGAGGUCCGUUCUUAACCUGAAGCACCACUUUAGCUAAUGGGGCCUCCUGCUGCCGGAGCACGAUUUCUGUUCUCAUCUUGAAGCAAAGUUCUUAGCCCGAGGUAAUAUUUCUGGGUUAGCGGAGUCUGUAACCUGAAACGUCUGUAACCAGAGGUACCACUGUAUUUAAACUAAAAGCCUAAAACCAGCCUAUAUAAGCUCCCCUUUUAAGCUGCAAAGGGAUGCGCUCUGCUGAACAACAGACAUGAGGGAGGAAGGAUAAUAAUAGCUAGACUGGAGACUGGGAGUGGCUGCUGAGAUCAUAUAACCCCCGUCCUGAAAGAUCUUCAUUGGCUCCCAGUACGUUUCCGAGCACAAUUCAAAGAGUUGGUGCUGACCUUUAAAGUCCUAAACAGCCUCAGUCCAGUAUACCUGAAGGAAUGUCUCCACCCCCAUCGUUCUGUCCGGACACUGAGGUCCAGCUCUGAGGGCCUUCUGGCAGUUCUCUCACUGCGAGAAGUGAGGUUACAGGGAACCAGGCAGAGGGCCUUCUUGGUGGUGGCACCCGCCCUGUGGAACACCCUCCCAUCAGAUGUCAAGGAAAUAAACAACUAUCUGACUUUUAGAAGACAUCUGAAGGCAGCCCUGUUUAGGGAAGUUUUCAAUGUUUGAUGUUUUAUUGUGUUUUUAGUAUUCUGUUGGGAGCUGCCCAGAGUGGCUGCAGAAACCCAGCCAGAUGGAUGGGGUAUAAAUAUAUCAUUAUCAUAUUUAUUAAUAUUGAAUAAAUAUAUGGUCUCCUGGCAACUAUUCACAUCCUUGCACCCUACCCCAGUCUCCACACACACACACAAAUGUGUGCCUCCCCAUGCCUGUUUGAAUUAAUUUGCACCCCCGCUACCCUCAAUGACCUCAACCCAAAUCACUUCUCUCCAUAAAUAAGUCGCUUUCUGAGAACAGUUGUUGUUCUUGUGACUGCAGGCGGAUUCAUCCUUAUUGACGCGGAGACCUGGGAAGUGAAAGGGACCUGGGAGCGGCCUGGAGACGAGCCCCCACAAGGCUACGACUUCUGGUAUCAGCCCAGGCACAAUGUCAUGAUCAGCACCGAGUGGGGAGUGCCCAAGUACUUUGCGAACGGUUUCAACCCAGAGGAUCUGAAGAAAGGUACAUCCUUCGUUUGAGACGGGGGUGGGUGGGAACACCUGCCAUUGAGGCGGUCGAUUUCAGGGCCGCCUUCAGAUCCCAGUGGUUUGUGGAGUCAGAAAGCAGAGAAGGGGGCUUUAUUCCUGUCCUAGUGUGUCACGAACUCCCGGCUGGGGACGUCGGGACCGGGGGCAAGAUGGCGGGGUGGGAGCAGGAAUGGGAGUCCAGAAGCCAGGAAUCUGAGGUUUCAGAGAGCCAGGAAUCAAGAAGCCGAGGGUCCGAGGGUCAGGAAGCAAGGAGUCACGAAAUCAGGGGUCCGAGGGUCAGGAAGCAAGGAGUCACGAAGUCAAGGGUCCGAGGAUCAAGAAGCCAGGAGUCAAGGAGCCAAACGCAGCAAGGCAAGGAACGUGUUGCUGUGGCAAAGAGCCGAAGGGAAAUGCUGCCCUUAUAUCCCUUCCCGGCUCUUGCCACCAGGUGCUGUGAGUUACCAAGCAGCCUCACCUGUGCAGCCGCGCCUUGCCUCUUCAGAACAAACUUCGGAAGGCCCCAGUCCUGCAGAGUCCUAUGGGUCACAGGGCCCGGCUCCUGCACACACACCUGACAUAGUGGCACCUAGACUGGUGAUGGGAACCACGACCCAUGACACUCGUGUGGACUGGUUGAACCCAGAGGACUGAUGGGGGGAACCAGCUGGGGAACCCCCAAGGGAAGAAGGCUCAGAGCCCAGGGGGGUGGAACAACGUUGGGUGGUCAGAAGGAGAAGAGGGAGAAGACAGGAAAGAGCAAGUGUCAGAAGCUGAAGAGGUAACAGGAGGGAAGUCUAGAAUCAGGAGAGGAGGGGGGCGAAGAGGCAGAGACGAAUCAGACCAGUGAAUUGUCAUGGGGGUCCCCCUUUCUUGUUGCAACAAGUCCCACUCCUCCCUGGUCUCCCAGUACCAGAAGAGGCAUGAAAAGAGCAGAGGUGAAGUUAGCUUCGCAGGGGCAUCGUCUCUGAUUGCUUGGGAAAAGCCCUGGAGGGGAGUAGAAUUAGACGGCUGGGGGGAGGCAGGGACCUUCAGUCUCUGUACCUGCUUCCCAGGGGCAAGACCUACCAGAGAUGAGUUAGCCCUGAGAUUCCUUCGCAGAUUGUGUUUUUGCUAUUAGAGAGUUAACUCCAACUUGCACAGUGUGAUUUACUACUGGCUGACACUCAGGGUUUGUUGUUGUUGUUGUUUAGUCUUUUAGUCGUGUCUGACUCUUCGUGACCCCCUGGACCAGAGCACGCCAGGCCCUCCUGUCUUCCACUGCCUCCCGCAUCUUGGUCAAACUCAUGCUGGUAGCUUCGAGAACACUGUCCCGCCAUCUCGUCCUCUGUCGUCUCCUUCUCCUUGUGCCCUCCAUCUUUCCCAACAUCAGGGUCUUUUCCAGGGAGUCUUCUCUUCUCAUGAGGUGGCCAAAGUCUUGGAGCCUCAGCUUCAGGAUCUGUCCUUCUAGUGAGCACUCAGGGCUGAUUUCCUUCAGAACGGAUCGGUCUGAUCUUCUUGCAGUCCGUGGGACUCUCAAGAGUCUCCUCCAGCACCAGAAUUCAAAAGACACUCAGGGUUAAAAAAAACCAAGUAGCCUGUUUCCUUGGGUGUUGCAGGAUCGCGACCAGGGUCCCUCUGUGGUUGAUGUUGUCCUUGUUUUGCUCCUCUGCAGAGCGCUACGGGCGUCGGCUGAACGUCUGGGACUGGACAACUCACUGCCUGAUCCAGCAGAUUGACGUUGGGGAAGAUUCUGCUCCGCUGGAGAUCCGGUUCCUACAUAACCCCGACGCCGCACAUGGAAUGGUGGGCUGCACAUUGCAGAGUUCCAUCCAUCAUUUCUUCAAGACAGAGGUUAGAAUGAAUGGGGGCAAGGGGAGCCCACAGGAGGUUUGGGGCCCAGUAAGGGACGCGGGUGGCGCUGUGGGUUAAACCACAGAGCCUAGGACUUGCCGAUCAGAAGGUCGGCGGUUUGAAUCCCCACGACAGGGUGAGCUCCCGUUGCUCGGUCCCUGCUCCUGCCCACCGAGCAGUUCGAAAGCACGUCAAAGUGCAAGUAGAUCAAUAGGUACUGCUCCAGCGGGAAGGUAAACGGCGUUUUCGUGUGCUGCUCUGAUUUCGCCAGAAGCGGCUUAGUCAUGCUGGCCACAUGACCCGGAAGCUGUACGCCAGCUCCCUCGGCCAGUAAAGUGAGAUGAGCGCUGCAACCCCAGAGUCGGCCACGACUGGGCCUAAUGGUCAGGGGUCCCUUUACCUUUUUAAGCAGGUGGUGGAUUGGGCCCUCCGACUCACUUGGGAAUAAGGACGCAGAUUUGCAUAAAAUCUGGGCAUACCAUUUGGGGAAGGGAUUCUGCAUCCUCUACCUGCACUUCUCCUGUAGCAGUACAGUGGUACCUUGGGUUAAGUACUUAAUUUGUUCCGGAGGUCCGUACUUAACCUGAAACUGUUCUUAACCUGAAGCACCACUUUAGCUAAUGGGGGCCUCCUGCUGCUGCCGCGCUGCCGGAGCACGGUUUCUGUUCUCAUCCUGAAGCAAAGUUCUUAACCUGAAGCACUAUUUCUGGGUUAGCGGAGUCUGUAACCUGAAGUGUAUGUAACCUGAAGUGUCUGUAACCUGAGCUACCACUGUACUUGGAGAAAUUAACUUCUAAGGGAGUACCUGAUCUCAGACGAACCCACCAUAGGAAGGAUGCUUCCUGGUUGCUAGGAAAAAAGGAAGGACAAACUACAGAUUCCAAGGGCCAGAAAAUGAGACAGGAGCAAUAAAAUAACACUGUUUACUUAUCACCUGGGACGCGGGUGGCGCUGUGGUCUAAACCACAGAGCCUAGGGCUUGCCGAUCAGAAGGUCAGCGGUUUGAAUCCCCGCCACAGGGGAGCUCCUGUUGCUCUGUCCCUGCUCCUGCCAACCUAGCAGUUCAAAAGCAUGUCAAAGUACAAUUAGAUAAAUAGAUACCGCUCCGGCGGGAAGGUAAACAGCAUUUCCAUGCGCUGUUCUGGUUCGCCAGAAGCGGCUUAGUCAUGCUGGCCACAUGACCCGGAAGCUGUACGCCGGCUCCCUUGGCCAAUAAAGCGAGAUGAGCGAAGCAACCCCAGAGUCGUUCGCGACUGGACCUAAUGGUCAGGGGUCCCUUUACCUUUAUUUAUCACCUGAUGCCCGAACAACCCACUUGUCAGUCACAGCUCUAACUUCACUCAUUGGCUAAAAAGGCUGAAAGGCAGGAACAGCCAGCCUCGCUUAUCUCACAGAAAAUGAUUCAAAGGGUACCAGGACAUUUUGAUCCGUAACUAACUUUCUAGGAGGGCUGCAGACUGACUUUGAAAAACAGAAACAAACUCAGGGUCUGAAGACCCUACUUGCCUUGGACCCAGCACAUCAGUAUUCCUGGUACCUGCCUCUCGGCAGCCCUGAAUUUCAGGAAGGGUGAGUGAGAGAGAAAUUAAACGGAUCCCAAUUUUAUGGCUCUGUUGCAUGGGGAACGGGUUGCAGAUUAGCAGGCUAAGUUCCAGGUUCAGUUCCUGGCAUCGCUGGAUACCAGAUCUCAAGAAGUAUCUGCAACCCAGGUGGACAGCAUGGCGCUAGAUGGACCACGAGUCCUUCUAUUUCCAAUGUCCGGGGGGGGGGGGUGACGUUCCUUUGUUGACAAGCUGGAACAUGGAAGGCAGCUGAGAUGAUCAAGGGUUUAUUAUUUAUACCCCGCCCAUCUGCCUGGGCUUCCUCAGCCACUCUGGGCGGCUUCCAACAAAAUAUUAAAAUACAGUAAUGCAUCAAACAUUAAAAGCUUCCCUAAACAGGGCUGCCUUCAGAUGUCUUCUAAAAGUCUGGUCGUUGUUGUUCCACAGGGCGGGUGCCACUACUGAGAAGGCCCUCUGCCUGGUUCCCUGUAACUUGGUUUCUCGCAGUGAGGGAACUGCCAGAAGGCCCUUGGCGCUGAACCUCAGUGUCUGGGUGGAACGAUGGGGGUAGAGACACUCCUUCAGGUAUACUGGAUAUACCUUCAGAUAUACCUUCCUUGGAGAUUUUUAAGCAGAGGUUGGGUGGCCAUCUGUCAGGGGGUUGGACUAGAUGACCCGUGGUUCCCUUCCAGCUCUUAAGAUUCUUGGAUUCUGUCCCUUGCACAAGAGGGAUAAAAAUGGAACUGCCUGUGAUUGAACAGCUUCAGAGGAAGACCCAAGGUUUGUAGGAGCACAGACCUUCCUUCGUGGUGAAUCCCAGAAAGGGAACCCCAAAACAGAGCUGUGUGUGCAGAUUGGUCGAGGAAUGCUGGCUGAUGGCUGAGCGGAGGAAAUCGAAAGCCAGGGGUUGGGGAGGAACGCAGUGGUCUGUCUGGGCCCUUCAGCAGAGAUCCCUCCACGCUGCAGCGUCUUGGCGCAGCGGAUCCCCCUUCUCAACAUGCUUUUCUGCUGCAGGACGGGGACUGGGCAGCCGAAAAGGUGAUCCAGAUUCCAAACAAGAAGGUGUCAGGGUGGUACUUUCCUGAAAUGCCAGGUGAGUAAAGAACGAGAAAUAGGCGGCCGGCGGCUCGCUUUCUGUUAUGUACUGAGUUGAAUAGGAUCCAACAUGCAGCAGUCUGAUUGGUCCUAGAACAAUAGGGGCCAGAAUGCAGCAGUCUGAUUGGUCCUAGAACAAUAGGGGCCAGAAUGCAGCAGUCUGAUUGGUCCACAGGAGCCACCCAAUCCAGCUCCAGGUGGAAGUGAAUCCACAUCCUGAUUCGCCUAGAGGAGAAUCCCGGAAUUAUCCAAUCAUGUGGGGCCCAUUGUGUAAAUAAUGUAUAUAAAGCAGACAUUUCGGGGGAACUUCCAUUCCUCCUCACCACUAUGAGCUGAAAGAAGAGCAUGAAAUCCAUUCUCGACUCCGAGUAUAUUUACCCUCCACGUUCCUUUCAGCUGAAUCCGGCAGCCACUGUUCCCAGAGUAAAACCUAGCGUCGGAUUUGAUCGAUAGGGCAGCUAGCUAGCGCCACUUCCUGGAAGACAGAGAACCGGUUGCUGUCAUUCCAUGCUUUGUGAACCUCUUAGAUUAGACUACUGCAAUGUGAUCCUUGAAGGCAGCCUGGAAUUGUAGUUCUGAGAUGGGAGCUUCCUGGCGACUCUCAGCACCCUCAACAAGCUGUAGUUCCCAGAAUCCUUUGGGGGCUAGAGGAAGCCAUUACUGCUUAAAGUGGCAUCAAAAGUGCUUUCAACGAAUGGUGUGGGUCUUUGAAUCUGUGUGGCAGAAAAUAACCUAGGGAGUGGUUUUAACAUUUAAAGCCCUAGGACCCUCGUACCUACGGGACCGCCUCUCCUGGUAUGUCCCACGGAGGACCUUGCGGUCUUCAAAUAAAAACAUCUUUGAGGUCCCGGGCCACAGGGAAACUAGACUGGCCUUGACCAGAGCCAGGGCCUUUUCAGCUGUGGCCCCGAUCUCUGUCCCAACAGACUAGGGCCCUGCGGGACUUGACAUCUUUCCACAGGGCCUGCAAGACGGAGCUGUUCCACCAGGCCGUUGGCCAAGGCACAGUCUGACCCCCUCCUUCAGUAACCCUCAUAGCACUCUAGCCCAAUGCUUGCCGUCAAUUUGAUUCUGAAUUGAUUUGAGAAUGAAUUGAUUUUAGGAGGUAUUUCAGUUAAUUGAUUGUGAUUUUUAUGUAUGUGUUAUUUUUACUGUUGUUAGCCGCUCUGAGCCCGGCUUCGCCUGGGGAGGGCGGAAUAUAAAUAAAAUAUUAUUAUUAUUAUUAUUAUUAUUAUUAUUAUUAUUAUUAUUAUGGAAUAAAAGAAAAUGAAUGCUGACCUGCCCUCUUCUCCUCCAGGUUUCGUCACCGACAUCCUCAUUUCGAUGGACGACCGGUUCCUCUACUUGAGCAACUGGCUGCAUGGUGAUCUCCGCCAGUACGACAUCACCAACCCGUUCUGCCCUAAACUGGUUGGCCAGGUAAAAGAGCACCUGACCCCUUGCCAGACUUUGUGGGGUUCCCAGAAGCUUCUGGCUGACCAGGGUUGA